AUGUCGCAAAGGGAAGAUACAAUGCAGAGGGAAAAUGAAAUGGGAGGGGAGAUGAGGGAGAAGGGUAAAGACCGUCAGGAGUUGAAGACUUCAAACUUGGACACUUCAGCAGACUUGGUGCAUCUUUCACCAUUUAGACUCCUUUUUUUAGUACCGAAAGUAAAGUCUUUUUUGCAAUUUUAUGCAUUAGAAGUGUCUCAAAAUCCUUCAAAUGUUCGAGCUUGUAGAAACAGGUGCAGGAUUGUCGACACUUUUAUGGAAUCGUUCUAUACGACCUUAGUUCAGAACCCUAAAGACUCUUUUGGUUUGAUGUUCUCUUUAAUCUUCCGGUUUUGUAAUGAUCAGUUGAGAUGUUUUUAA